UCAAGACUAGGAACAGUACGGCAGCAAUCGUUGACUCGCUCACGGACAUUAUUGCGAAGCGCUUUGACACCAGGAUUUCACGGAAUUUCAGGUUUUAGGGCUAACCCAUUGCCAAGGCCUGGCGUCUGCCGGGCUUUUACGGUAAAAGCUACCUAUUAUGAUGAAGAUGACGAAGAUCUAUUUGAGUUAACUUUCCUUCAACGGUUGCAGCGGGCAUGGCGAAUCAUCUUUCCUCCAAGAAACCGUCCUCCGAG